CGCUAGAUACCAAAACGUGAAUGAAACCCUACACAGCUGAGAGUAGAAGAAGAUCCACACACACGACUUUGAGGUUUAGCAGCAGCGGCUGUCCUGACCUUCCCUCUGCAGCGUGACACACUGAAAGAUGGCUGGGCGUGCGUUUGCAAGUUGGUGGUCCAAGGUGGGCCCUUACUACACUAAGGCAUACCCGGAGAUGUGGGUUGGUCUUGGCAUCAUGACAUACCUGUACUACAGAAUUUCCUACGGCGGCAAGAAGGCUGUGAAGGACAAGCCUGCCCAUUGAGUAUUCCACCAUGUUGACCAUCCCAUGUGAAAUAAUUCCCCAGUCCUUAGUCCAGAAGUCCAGCUUCAUAUAAGAUUUUUUGUUAAUAUGGAAUGAAUAAAGUCGCUAUCCUAAACUUUCA